UCACAUAAAAACUGCCAGGAGAACUGGAUGCGGGAUCAGUCGGUGAUGUUCUCCGUUCUCGCAUUUUCCUGGAGCUACAGAUCCACUGGACUUCUUCAGCUGGCUUCUUCCUCUUCCACAUGACGCGGAACUAAUGACCUAAACUUUCCCUUCAGCCUCGGACUUUUGCUAUGUGAGGCGAACUCCGUUGGAAACUCCGUUUUACGUCUUCUCUUCAGGAAUACCGUGCGCAUCUUACCAAUGGAAAAGGAUCUCACCGCAGUUCUUAAACCGCCUAGCAGGACCACGUAACAUUCGCUUGAGGAACUCGUCCUGUGUCACCUCUCAACAAACAUGGACUGUUUUCCCAUGCUUUAUUUUCUGUCGAGACAUCAUGAUUCCUGGUAAUCGAAUGCUGAUGGUUAUUUUAUUAUGCCAAGUCCUACUGGGAGAGAGCAGCUAUGCUAGUCUAAUAUCCGAGGAAGGGAAGAAGAAAGUGUCGGCUCAGCACCUGGGUCAGAGUCAUGAGCUGCUGCGGGACUUCGAGGCCACGCUCCUGCACAUGUUUGGGCUCCAGAGGCGCCCGCGGCCCAGCACCUCCGCCGUCGUGCCCCAGUACCUGCUGGACCUGUACCGGCUGCAGUCGGGGGAGGCGGACGAGGCUGGAGCCCACGACCUCAGCUUCCGCUAUCCCGAGCGGUCCACCAGUCGGGCCAACACCGUGAGGGGAUUCCAUCAUGAAGAGCACAUGGAAGAGUUGCAGUCUGACGGGUCUCGGGAGACUCCGCUUCGCUUCAUCUUCAAUCUCAGCAGCAUCCCAGAGGAGGAGCUCAUUUCCACCGCAGAGCUGCGCAUCUACAGGCAACAGAUCGAUGAUGCAACCUCCCUCGCGGGAGACGAGGGUCUCCAGCGGAUCAACAUCUACGAGGUGCUGAAGCCUCCGCGGGCGGGGACGCUCAUCACGCAGCUCCUGGACACGCGGCUGGUGCGCCACAACACGUCCCGCUGGGAGAGUUUCGACGUUGGCCCGGCCGUGCUGCGCUGGACCCGCGAUAAACGCUCAAACCACGGGCUCGCCGUGGAGAUCGUGCACCCCGACCCGAGCCGGCGGCCGCAGGGACGCCACGUCCGCGUGAGCCGUUCCCUGCAGCCCGUACCGGACGAAGACUGGGCCCAGCUCCGCCCGCUGCUAGUCACGUUCGGGCACGAUGGGAAAAGUCAUCCGCUGACGCGGCGGGCAAAGCGAAGCCCCAAGCAAAGAGGCCGCAAGCGCAACCGCAACUGUCGGAGACACGCGCUUUACGUGGACUUCAGCGACGUGGGCUGGAACGACUGGAUCGUGGCUCCGCCGGGUUACCAGGCGUACUACUGUCACGGCGAGUGUCCGUUUCCCUUGGCCGAUCACCUGAACUCCACCAAUCACGCUAUCGUACAGACGCUGGUCAACUCGGUGAACACCAACAUCCCCAAAGCCUGCUGCGUUCCCACCGAGCUCAGCGCCAUCUCCAUGCUGUACCUGGACGAGACGGACCGCGUGGUGCUGAAGAACUAUCAGGAGAUGGUGGUGGAGGGAUGCGGAUGCCGCUGAGACUCGCACCCGUAUGUGGACACUUAUUUAUAACUCGUGUUUGUCUCUUUCUUUGUCUGAUCGAUCAUAUAUUUUGACAAAAAGUAUAUAUAAAUAUAUAUAUUUAUAUCAACGCAAGUAAAAAAAAAAAUGUUUUUAAAAGUGUCCUUAUUUGAAUUAUAAUUCAGCUGUACAGCUUUCCAUUAUGUAUAUCAGACUGUGUAAGGGUUUCUCGAUGUGCUAGAAGAAUUAGAAGCCACUAAAAGUUUAUUUACUGCUAGUAUUUAUUUCUUUAAUACAAUAUACGUUCACGAAAAUAGAAAUGCGUAGCCGACGAACCCCCUAUUUGAUCAGAACGCAUCGUUUGUGUACUUAAAACAGAGCACUGUAUGAAAUCCUAGGAAAACUGAUUUUCUUCUAUAUCAGUAAAAGGAAUCGGAUCUGUAUUGAUGUGAGUUCAUGGUUUGCAUCGGCAUGUGAUUUACAUGUUCCCAAAAUAAUUUUGUUGUUAAAUAAAUUGUGAAACAUUCCAACA